UAGUCGGUAGGCAAUCUUCAUUACAUGUGUUCAAUUAUCCACUGAUAUAAGGAAACUAAAUGUUUUAGAUACUCUUGAUGCUAUUCUUAAUCAUAUCCAUUCUUUUUUCGGUGAACAAUAAGAUAAUAUGUAGUAUUACAUUAUGGACAGUACAAACUCCGUUUCACUAUAAACAGAUUAGAAGAAGAAUGACGUAGCGUAUUUGUCAAAAGUCACUAUAACUGUCAUUUUCAUUUGAAUUUAAAAAUUGAAAGCUCGUUAUUUGUUUAUGUACAAAAUCUUCUAUUUAUUUUUGUUCACUUAAAUGCUCUUAAACAUUCAAUAGUUUAAAUACUACUGUUUAAGAUGGUGAGAUUUGCAAAUCUCAAAGGUUUUUAUGAAAUUGAGAAAACAAUAGGAUGUGGAGGUUUUGCUAAAGUCAAAUUAGCUACUCAUUUAGCUACUGGAGAAAAAGUUGCAAUUAAAAUAAUGGAUAAAGCCUUACUAGGAGUGGAUUUAGCACGAGUGAAGAUGGAAAUAUCCGCUUUAAAGUCAGUUUCCCAUGAAAAUAUUUGUAAACUGUUUCAAGUUAUUGAAACAGAUACACAUAUGUUCCUUGUUAUGGAGUACUGUUCAGGUGGAGAAUUAUUUGACCAUAUUGUUGAAAAAAAUCGUCUAACAGAAACAGAAAGCAGAGUUUUUUUUAGACAAAUUGUUUCAGCUGUUGCAUAUUUACAUAGUUUGGGAUAUGCUCAUAGGGAUCUUAAACCAGAAAAUAUUCUUCUAGAUAGUCAACAGAAGCUAAAGUUAAUAGAUUUUGGUCUCUGUGCAAAACCCGAAGGCGGUAUGGAAAAUCCUCUAUUUACGUCUUGUGGUUCACCUACAUAUGCAGCUCCAGAACUUGUACAAGGAAAACAGUAUUUGGGUACAGAAGUAGAUGUGUGGGCCAUGGGUGUACUGUUAUACACUUUAUUGGUAGGAGCUCUUCCUUUUGAUGAUUUGAAUAUAGAUAGCUUGUAUAGAAAGAUAUUGACUGGUAAAUAUGAAGAACCAACAUUCCUGUCAUCAGCUAGCCUUCGGUUAAUAAAAUCUAUGCUCCAAGUUGAUCCUAAAAAGAGAAUUACCAUUAAAUCAUUAAUUUCGCAUCCAUGGCUUACACUCGGGAUACUAAAAUCCAUAGAAGUGACAAGUCAGAAUUCUAGGGGAUAUCAACGUGAUUGCGUCGAACUCAUGGCUAGACAUUACCACGUGGAAAAUAAAACGAUGUGGCAGCAUCUAAAAAAAUGGAAAUAUGACUAUCAUACUGCUACUUAUUUAUUAUUGUUAUAUAAAAAGAAGAAAGGAUCCAGUCUUAAAUUGAAUGAUGCAGCAAAGAAAGCUUCUGUAGAUAUUGAUAAGGAAAGUACCUUCAAGAAGAGGCCAGUUCUUCGAAGUAUAAAUUCACCAUCUGCAGUAGAAACUCCAUAUAAAACUACUGAUUCACAGAAUAUCAAUGAGACCAACAUUUUUUCUACAAGGUCGCAAAGAGAAGCCGGAGAUGCUUGCAAUAACAGUACACCAAAUCACACUCCAAAGAACACAAUUAAUAAUUUCGUAGAACCUUCGAAACCAUCUAUUAUAAGGAAACCUUAUAAAAGAUUAAGAAGUCCUGGUCCUGAUGACAUGUCACCAGUUCCCUCUAAAAGAAUAUCUACGGAGCCUGCCACACCAGUGCACACGCCUGAUAGGAAAAUACCUUCGGUAAAUUCUGACACUCCAAGAUCAGCUAAACGUGUUUUAGGAAGCAUUGAAAGGUCGUUUCAAAGAGUCGUGAAUGUACUUACGCCCAGAAAAAUAGAAGAAUCUUAUAAUAAUCGCCCGCAUGUACUUACGUGUAAAGAACUCUUCAACGUUUCAACUACUCAAUGUAGGGAUCCUGAAUUUGUUAUGGCUGAACUGACCAAGGCUUUGGAAAAGAAAGGUGUUACUUGUAAGAGAAAAGGGUUCACUUUAAGAGGAAAACUGGAACCUGCCCCUAAUCAGAAUUUCGGAGUGUGUUCUUUCGAAUUGGAGAUAUGUUUUUUGCCAGAUCUAAGUCAGAAUUUACCCCAAUCAGAACUAAGUACGCCGACGAAACCUUUAUCGAAGAAAAAUAUUAACAAUACACCUAUGCAAAAUCAAUCUAAUGGUUUUGUUGGUAUAAGAAGAAAACGACUAAGAGGAGAUGCUUGGUGUUAUAAGAAAGUAUGUGAAGAAAUUUUGGCUUUAACAUCGAAGGAUUUUGUUGGAUACUCUGAAUCAUCUGUGUAAAUUAACCAUAGUUUAUAUUGUUAGGAGAAAACAAUGUAUUUAUUCUUAUUAUUAAUUGAAAAUAGUACUGUAGUACAUUUUUUAUUAGAAAAUUUCUUUAUGGAGUAAGUUGAAAUUAAUUAUUUAUAAUGCAUUUCGAUGAACAAGAUGCUUAAGGCUCUCAACAUAUUUAUAACAAAGACAUUAUUAAACUGCAGUGUUAUUAUUUUGGAAUUCGGAAAAAGUUAAAAUAUGAUCAUUUUGUAACUGGUCUCUGGUAGUUCCAUGUAUAGAGAUCUAGUAAUAGAAAUGUUGAGACCUAUUACCUUCAUGUGAGAUUUACAGUAUCUUAAUUUAUAUAUGGUAAGCGUAGUUUAUAUUAUGUGUUAACUAUCUUUAGCACAAUGUCUUAUAUGUGUGUUAAUCAGUCGAACUAAUAACUUUUCGUUUGAUUAUUUUUUUUUCUGUUAUACAAGGUAUCUCUAGAAACUCCCCAGAAAAACGUUAACAACAGAUAGUAGUUCUGAUUUUAUCUGAAAGUUUCUCCAAAGUCGAUCAAGUAUUACGUAACGCACUUUUAGAAGAUUUUUGCAUCACUUGCAUCAUCUUCGUCUUCAUCUAACCAAUCUGCAUUUUUAGAUGAUGUUUCACGCACAUUGCAGAGAAGCUUAUUUGCCCUUUUGGUAAGAAGUCGUUGUGGCCGUACUAUUUCACGAUGAUCUUGAACAGUCUUGCUUUGCACGAAAUGACUGUGGAACCAAGUAAUGAUCGAUGUGAGAAGAAACGUUAAUUUUGCAUUAUAUUGACACAUUUUUAAAUAUUGAUUUUUUGCAAAAAACUGUAGAGACCUUUUUCGAAGUUCUUUUUAAAACAAAUCUUUAUUAUUCGAAACUUUUUUUAAAAUCUCUCUUUGUUUAAGAGGUAUAGUUAUAACCAAUUAAAUUGUUUAUAACAAAUUACACGACCGGAUUUGAGCUUGACACCCUCGAAAAAUCGAUUCUACGCAUCAAAAAACAUCUAAAACUGAAGGGAGUAUGAAACGGCUAUGGCUCAGCCCCGUAGCUGUGGAACUAUUCGUUUUCCGUUGUUGGCACAGAGGGUCAAAUAUUAGGUAUAUAUAUAUAUAUAUAUAUAUAUACCCAUAUACUUUUCUCAAAAUCUGUAAGAGUUAUCAAAAAACUUUAAUCACAAAAGUUCUUUGUAUUUAAAGGAAUUUUCGGAUUAUUGACUUUUGGAUUAUACAAGAGGCAAUUGCCCUAUAUUUUAUUGCGUUUUUUGAUUUAGUGGUAAAAACAAAGGUAACUUUCAUGAGAUCGACCUAUUUUAUUUAAACACACAUUUCCACACCAUAAAGAAAAAAAGGUUUAUUAGCUUGCUGUGACAGAUAUGUCGUCACACUUCUAUCGUGCUGUAAUUGAUUGAAUGAAUACAUUGAUUUUCCAAAAAAUACGUGUUUUAUAAUAUAUAAAAAUAAUUCACAAAAUAUUGUCUAUUUUAAAAUGUGUGGUGUGGGUUACAAAGGGUCAAAAAAAGAUUGAAGACAAAAAUAUAAGUGGUGUGUUAAUUUUGACCAAGUUUAUAUGGAAAUAAAGUGAUGAUGAAGACAUUUAAAAGGCAUUCUAUUUUAUAAUUUGAAUUAAUAAUUGCUUCUCUGUCAUUUCGAAAUUGGACAUUUGAGGAUUGAAAAUAUCUGAACGGUCAAAAUAUAUUUUCUUUCCAUAGUUGUGGUGAUCAGUUUAUACUUUACUUGGAACAGAAAUUAGAUCAAAAUGUCAAUAUUGCUUCUUACAAACAAAUUUAUUAAUUUAGACAUAAAGUCGAUAUAAGUUAUUUAAAAAAAUAAAUGCUGAAUUGAUAUUAGAUUCCGUUGACUCGAAGUAAAUUGAAUUGUUUCUUAUUACGGACUAGAUAUUUUGGAUAUAAGCGAAAUUUUCAGCACGGAUGGUUUGCUUGGACUGUUGAAACAUUUUAAUCUCCGAUUGGUAGAAACAUAUCUUCGAAGAAUGUGUAUACAAGAUUAUGUAUUCGGAAUUUUCUUAGAAAACCAUUUGAUAUAAUAAGAAAAUAAAAUGAAUAACAAUUUGAUGUUGCUACUAUUUUUCGUGUGGUGGACAGGUUUUACUAAUGGAAUCAUUCGACGGAGUCAUAGAAAAGACCUACAGGAGGUUCUAUUAAUCGUAUAUCUGCCGCAAAAUGAAAAUAUUGUAAUGUCCUAUUUAGUUAUUUAAACAAACAAAUUUAAUACGCUAACUGUUUACUAACACUUAAAAUGUAAUUUAUUUGAUUCACCUUUAUAUUCAUUUGACAUUCAUUUAUAUUCGAGAUGUAUUCGGGCUGCCAUCAAAUUGUUCACUAAGUCUUAUAGCUACUAAAGCAUCGUUAAAGGAGAAGGUUCCCCUUUUAUUUAUUUGAUUAUAAGUCAAAAAAAUGUACUCCUAUAAAUAUCAAAUUCAGCACACAUAUAUCUCUAAAAAUUGUUGUUACUUCCUAAUGUAUUUCAUACAAUAUAGAAGCUCAUAAAAAAUACAUAACUCAAAAGUGGAAAUUUCUCAUUCUGGAUUAAGGUGAGGGGAACAUGGCCAGGGACCAUAAUAUUUUGUGACAGUAGUCAAAUGCCAAUUACACCUUUAUUUUUGAAAUAAGAUAUAUUUUGGAAUAAAGUUGUACUUAAAGCAAAAAUUAGCGACAAAAAUCGCAGACAUACGAGUUUUUUCAGCUCCAUCACACUACUCAUGUGCCCAACUAUUACACAUUAAACACUGUACCGAUUGUGUCGUCAUUGAAAUGGCCAUCGCAAAACAUGCAUAGCGCAUCUUCCCCGUCUGGAAUGUAAUUUUUUCCAUGUCGUUAUCCUCAUCAGCUGGAGAGAAAUCAUCGGAAUCUUCCUCAUCCUCCCCUGCUUCCGACCGAGCAGUUUUUCCUUUUUUAGGGGCUGGCAGCUUUUGGAUUUUCUUUUCCUUUGAAGUUGUUAUUUUUAGUUUGCGCUUUCUCUUGUUACUUAUAUUUGGUAUUGAUAUUUCUAAUUCCAUUUUAUAAGGAGAGGAGGUGAUAAUUUGAGAUUUUGAAGAUUUUCUUCCUCGAUCUGAUGGUAUUGGCGAUACUUCGAAAGGAGAUACGAAAUUUUUCAAGUGCCUAGCUUUAUUCAUUGGAAUACAUUUUGCUGCACCAGUUUCCUUUGACCUGUCAUAUUUGCUGCAAAUCGAGGUCCAGUGUUGUCUUCUGGUCGACGCCUUAUGUCCUUCGAGCAGUCUGGUUAAUGCUCUUUGUCAAUCGAGGAGCUUGGCUGAAGCUCGAUGUCCUUAGAGCGGCCUGAUUGAGGCUCUUUGUCCAGGUCUUCUUUCAGUGAUUCAUUUUAAAUUAACAGAGACUGCAGGUGUUGAGUUGCAUGAAGUAUUGCCGAAUUUUUCUGCUUCUGAUACUAUUUCGGCAGUUUGAGAUUUUAAAAAUGCUUUUCCCAACAGUUCUUCUAGAUCAAAUUGAGAAAUAACCCUUUAAUUUUCACGUAUUUAGCACCUGAUCUCUUCGUUAUGAUUAACCUUGCAGCUACCCAUAAAUGUUUUGUAUAAAGGCUGUAAUUUGCGGGUAGCUUGUGAUGGGAGAGAAAAGAUUUAGGUGUGAUAGCUGGCUAGUUUUAUCACAUCUAUAUUCCGAGUGUGGCUGUAGUGUCCUUCUAGUACCAACAAUACCAGAGAACCAGCGGUUGGUUUUACGAAGUCUACAAAGUGCCUCAUCCAUUCGGUAAAUAGGUUUUGUUGCAUCCAUCCACUUGGGUGAACUGCAUAUACGGAACCAGGUGGCGCACUCAUGAGUCACUUCAAUUUUUUCUUCGAAAAAUUAUCAUCGGUGGGACUUAUUGUCUUCCUGCGCUCAUGGCUACAAUAAAUGUUAUUAUAAACGUUAUAAAACUCUCUGCCAAUAACUUCCACAACUUUGCUUCGAACAAUAGAAAGACCUGUUUCGUCGACAUCAAAGAUUCGAUGAUGGAAACUUAUUUUUAUGGUUUUCAGCUUCCAAAAGGUUGAAGAACUCUUGUACGUUGAUUUUAUUGAAUCCUAGCGCACUAGCAAAAGACGAGACGGUUAGUCUUCGCAUUUCUGUGACGAUGUAUCUGUCCAGCCAAGAGCGUCUGGCAACAUAAUUUUUGAAAGCAUGCUUAGAACCGUUUCCUAGAGCUAAAUUGUAAGCCAUUCUUUGAACAACUUUUCUUGUAAGUCCGUAAUACUUUGCUUUCAUGAUUAAGAUAUAUUGGAUUAAUUCCAGUUCUAUUUUAAAUCCUAAAACAGUUUUCCUCCCAAGUUACUAGUUGUUCAGGCUCUAAAUUUUCAUUUCGUAAAAAUCUUUGUAAUAUCGAUCUGGGAACUCGAUAAUCUCUAGCAGCGACUCUAAUACCAACUUCUUGGUUUCUGACUGCUUCUAUUGCAUUCAUCAUUGCCUUCGAAGCCCAAGCCUUUCUCACAUUAUCACACUUAUAUUUUUUCUGUCUUCUAGGCAUCUCAACUGAAAAGAAAAACAAUUGUAAACAACUUGGUUUGAAAUAUGGGCUAGGUUCAUAAUAGGAUCAACAACUGUCCUAUAUUAGAAGCAAUUGAGAUCUAUGGAAAUUUGGAGAUUUAUUUUAUUUCUGGUUAGGUGUAGACAUUUUUAUAAUUUGUAUCAUAAUUUUUACAAUAACAAGCAAGCUAAAUCUGAAUUUAAAGACAAAUGUCAAUCAAAACAAGUGAUCUCUACUUAACUAACAAUUAUUUCCAAUAUUACCAAAAAUGAAAUUUUGCCAGUGGUUCGAUUGUUUUUGCAUAGAAGUUCAGCACGGGUCUAUAAAUCGAACUAGACACAGUUAGAGUAAUUUGAGAUAUAUUCGGAAGAUGGGGCUUUCUGUCUUCCAGGGUGUCCCAUAUUAGUAGCAGGGCCCAUAUUCGGAGUUUCUCCUCUACAUAUACUAUCAUUGUAAAAAUUUCGAUUCCUGGAAAUCUCCAGGUAAAUCACAAAAUCAAUGUAAAUAUGUCACAAAAAAAAUCAUAAUGUAACACAUCACUCAAUAAGUCGAGUGACCAACUAAGAAAAAAGUAUUGCUUUUCUGCCAAAAAUCGAUUUAAUUCAUAAAUGUAAUCUCCUUCAAGGGCAAUGCAAUCAUUCCAACGCUUCCGUAACUUCUCGAUGUCGUACAUGUAGGGAUUUGUCCUUUGCCUGAAAAUAGGCUUCAGUUUCAGCAAUUGCUUCUUCAUUUGAGCUUACCAGCGAGCAAUUUUUCGAGAUCAGCGAAUAGCCAAUAGUCACAGUUGUAUGAGAAAGCAAUUCAAAGUUUAUGGUCCGUGAAUAAUCCCGUCUCAUCACCAGUCCAUAUGUUAGCAGCUGGUAAUAGAGGACAUUUUUCGAGAUCUGCUCUGAAACUCAUGAAGGUAAGAGCAACGUUGGUUCGAUUAAAUGCAAUAUAUCUCUCUAAGCAGGUUGCUUCUUGUAGGCAUAAAUCAUUUUUAUACGUCUUUCUAAAAAGACGCAUCCAUAUUAUUUGGAGCAGCAAAUUGAUAUGCUAACUCUCGAACGUUUCGUAGCGUCAAACCGGAUUGGAAAGUUGCCGCCUCUUGUAUAUAAUACACAAGCACAUUUCUUCUUCCCGACUGAAAAUUUCGUUUUUUUGCAGUUGCCAUGUACACGGUUGUAGUUUUCUUUACCUUCAUGGUCAAAGGACUGCAUGUAUUUCCGAAUCAUGCUUCUUGCUAAACUAGUAUGUUUUGCAGCACUGUAUAAUGAAAAUCUUCUUUCUUUUAUAAAUUUUAUCGCUCAUUUCAAUUUUUCCGGGUCAGAUCGAUCCGUUUUUUUCCUGUUGUGCUUCGGGGCAUAUUUUAUUGUGAAAGCAUCGCUCAAAGCAAUAACUGUGGUACAUUUUAUGAAUAAAAGGACGCAAGAUUAUAUUUUAUAAAAUAUGAUGACUCUCGAACCUGUCUCACGUACAUCAUGUUGUACGUUGGACAUGUUCAAGGUACAUCGGGUUUAUUGUGCUCUAGGUACAAUACCACAUCAAAGAGUUAAACAAAUAAUCAUAGGAAGUUUGACGUUAUGAGUAUAUACGUUAAAAAUUCACGAAAUAAAGGCCAAGUAACUGGAAAAAUACUUGAGUAAGAUCCCUAUCAAUUAAAUAUAAAAUGCAGACAAAAACUAAAGAAGAAAAAUUUUAUAUUUUACACAUAAAAAUUGUAAACCACUUUUGUCAACAGAUGAUCAGAAUCGUGUUCAUAUUCUCAGUUGUUUAUCGACGCAUGAUAUUCAAUUACACAGUUGAGUUAAAAGUACCUAAUUUUAAAAGUAUGUUCAAGAUACAACGAUUUUUGAGGUAUAAGAGGCUCCCCUAUAAAUACUUUUCGUGAAUUCAAGAUUGCAAAACGCCAAAAUUCCUUUUAGGUACUAUUAUUUAGUGUAUGAUAGACUAGACUAAAAACUCCAACUUCUGAUUGUUUACUGAAUGAAUGAAAUCACAUUUAUAGCGAUUUUAGCAAUUUUAGAAAAUCCGACAACGUUCAUUUUUAAUGUCUAUACAUUGACUUUAUUAUACCAUGCAUUACUAUAACUGUACUUUAAGCAUAUAUAAAAUUAUUUUUCACACCUGUAGUAAAGUAUAAAGAUUGUUAUUAUAUUAGACAAGUAUCAAGAAACAUAUAUGUAUAACCUGUAUAAAAAGCACUGUAUGGAAAGGUUAACCGAGUGAAAGAAAUAUCUAAAAAAUAAAAUUGGUGAAUAGGUUUUUUAAAUUCGAUAUUAAUAUUAAUAUAUAAAUAAUAAAUUAAUUACUAAAUUAUAUUUUGAUCCAAGAUUCAAUUGUAAUCUAAAACUAAUAUAAAUUUGUUAAUAGUAUGGUGAUGUGU